AUGGUACUGGCAUUUCGUAGACGUGGUUCGGUUAUUCCCAUUUGUCUCUAUCUAUUGGUGGGGAGGUAUAUGAAAGAACGAAUCAGUGGAUUGAGGAAUGAAAGCUCGAAGACAAAGAGAACCGGGCUUUUCCAAAGAAUGACUGCUGCUUUCCCACCUCCUUUGAUUCUCAUAUCCCAAGUGUCUUUCACUUCCCUACCUGUUCUUUCUUUAUUCUGGCACAUUUUAGUAGGGAUCGAAGAUAUUAUUGCAGAUCAUGUUCACCAAGAAAUGACCCGAAAUUUGAUCUUGGUCUAUUUGAGAUUGUGCCUUUUCAUUGUCAUCAAAGAUGUUUUCUUGUCUCUCGUUUCUUUUCCGAACAAAUCGAAGAACCUAAUGGUGGCCUUGGCUGCUACGAAGGGCCUUGCGUUGCGUAAGCAA